AUGCAGACUAUAAAAUGUGUGGUUGUGGGUGACGGUGCCGUGGGCAAGACGUGCUUGCUCAUCCUGUACACCACCUCCAAGUUCCCCGCCGACUACGUCCCCACCGUGUUCGAUAACUACGCGGUGACGGUGAUGAUCGGCGACGAGCCGUUCACCCUCGGCUUGUUCGACACCGCGGGGCAAGAAGACUACGACCGAUUGCGCCCGUUGCUGUACCCGCUGACCGACGUCUUCCUCGUGUGUUUCUCGGUGAUCGCGCCGGCCUCGUUCGAAAACGUCAAGGAAAAAUGGUUCCCCGAAGUCCACCACCACUGCCCCGGCGUCCCCUGCCUCAUCGUUGGUACCCAGACAGAUUUGCGCAACGACGAAGUCAUCUUGCAGCGGCUCCAGCGGCAAAAGUUGUCCCCCAUCACUACCGAGAUGGGCGAGAAGUUGGCCAAGGAGUUGCGCGCAGUGAAAUACGUCGAGUGCUCCGCCCUCACCCAGAGGGGGUUGAAGACGGUGUUCGACGAGGCCAUCGUCGCCGCGUUGGAACCCCCGGUGAUCAAAAAGUCGAAAAAGUGUACCAUUUUAUAA